UAAAAACACAAAUUCGAAAAUAUAUGCAGGCUUUGUAGAAGUUAAUUCAUAAUGUUCAAAAUGCACAAUGCUUACAUGAACGCUGAAAAUAUGGGUUAUACACUCAAUGGCACAGCGCCCCCGCCCCCUCCCUCAUUGAACAAAACAGUCAAGCUUUUAAAUAUCACAAACUGAGUCAAUGUGGACUUUAAAACUAUUCAAACUGAAAAGAGAUAUCAUUUCACUAUCGUGCAUGUAUAUAGGUCGAUCUCACCACGGUGACGGCGCAAACAUUUGGACUAGACUGAAGGUCGAAAUAACAGGGAGGCCAUGUUGGAUUUACAGUGGAUUACUUGAGCGACUCAGACACCAGAAAUGGACCCGUUUCGCAGAGCCCAGAUCAUCCUACUGUGUGACCUCUGUAAAAAAGCCCACCUUCAGAGUCACUGUGAACGUUGUCAUAUAAAUCUAUGCCAGACCUGUGUUGGGGAGCACCUCUCGGAUUCGUCUAUAAGACACAACGUCGUGCUUUAUAAAUACAGAAAGUCUCUUAACUACUCAAAAUGUCCAGACCACCCAGACAAACAAUGUAAACAUUUCUGUGAGAAAUGUGACAUUCCUGUCUGUUCUACCUGCAUCUCCUCAGAUAAACACAGAGGCCACAACAUAUCAGAUAGUCUGGAAAAUCACGGAUCUAAAACAGAAAGUUUACAAAAAGAUUUAGAAGAAUUCGAGACCAGAAUUUAUCCUCAAUAUGAAGAAAUGGCGUCCGAUGUCCAAACUGAGAAAGCCGAGUUAGAAACGAAAUACGGGAAACUGACAACAGCCGCCGAUCAACAUGGAGAAAUCUUACACCGGGAGAUUACCACCAUUGUCUACGAGCGGAAAUCCGACAUUGCGGAGAUGAAAAGCAAACACCUGGCCGCUCUCAAUAAAAAUACAGAUGAAAUUACAAACCGAAUUACAGAACUCAGACAGAUCAUUCAGGACCUGAAGAAAAUACUGGACUCCAAUGACGUCUCCUUAACCUCAUCUUACAAAUCUAGGAAUUCCGAAUUUAGAACAUUACCGCCUAAAGUCCGAGUCACAUUACCGAGUUUCUCUCCUCAGAAAAUAAACAAAGAUCAGCUCAGUGAAAUGUUCGGUUCUCUGUCGCCAUUAUCCAUUAACACAGAACAUGGCGACACAAUGAAGUCAGCAGAAGCUGUAUCGUCUCCUCCAGUCAAACCAUUACUUGAUGGCCCGUGCCUCAUCGCCUCCAUAGACACUGGGUAUAGAGAACUAUACCGUGUUAGCUGUCUGAGUGAAGAUCAAGUUUGGACAUGCGGGAAUAGCAAAAGCAUGACGCUCCUCAACCACCAGGGUAAACUACUGACAUCAAUAUAUAUCGGAACAGGAAGAAUGACAGGGAGAAUGCCAGGGGACAUAGCAGUGACACGGGACAGAGAUCUUGUUUAUACUGACCCUAAUAAAAGAACUAUAAACUUAGUUAAGAAUAAACAGAUACAGACCGUGAUCACACUACAGGGGUGGAGACCUCGCGGUGUCUGCUGUACCGCCUCUAACCAUCUCCUGGUUACCAUGGUCAGUGAUGAUGAAACACAAUCCAAAGUCGUGCGUUACUCCGGCUCCACAGAGAAACAAAGCAUUCAGUUUGAUGAUCAGGGUUGUACUCUCUAUUCAUCUGGUGGUUUAUAUUAUAACUAUAAAUACCUCAGUGAGAACAGGAACCUGGAUAUCUGUGUGGCUGACAAUGAAGCUAGUGCAGUAGUGGUGGUCAAUCAGUCAGGAAAACUCCGAUUUAGAUACACUGGUCAUCCCCUUAAUACCGAGGAAUUAUUUGAUCCAGUCGGCAUCACUACAGACAGCCAGAGUCACAUCCUGACAGCAGACCAUGACAAUGACCGUAUCCACAUCCUAGAUCAGGACGGACAGUUCCUCCGCUACAUUCACUGUGAUUUAGAGUAUCCACGGGGUUUAUGUGUGGACAUCAGAGACAACCUCUUUGUGGCUGAUGGAGAUAAUACUGUGAAGAAAAUUCAGUAUCUAUAAAUAAUUCUGUUUUGAUUUUAGAUCUGUUUAAGUACAUCAGGAUGUUAAUUACAGCUCUACAGACUGUGGAAUGACGUCACGGUGCCGGUUACAUCUGUGUGUUACAUAAUGUUUCUGUAACUAACACCUGUAUAAUUACAGUAAAUGUGAUUUUCUUUAAGUGUGCUAAGUUACUGAUUGAUCAUGUUUAAUUAUAUAUUUUAAUACCUGUAUCGUAUAUCAAUAUAUUAUAUAUACUAUAGAGAAACAUUUUGAUUUAAGAAAUGAAACUUAUAAUUCUUUGUUUGAUGCAUGUAUCAAACGAAACAUUGGACGGAAAACUUCAUCAAUGCGCGUAGCGCAUUGAUGAAAAAGUUUUCCGUCCAAUGUUUUGUUUGAUACAUGCAUCAAACAAAGAAUUAUAAGUUUCAUUUCUUAUCAUUUAAUUAUGUUUUUAAGAUAGAAAACCAAAUGGUUUCUCUCAUCAAAAAACUUGAAUUAACGUUUCUGAAAUGGCGCGUAGGAAUACAUACAGGCAAGACAAAAACAAAACGGCAUGGCUGUGCGUUCAGGUCAGGAACAGUUACUGUGCAGAUUUAAAUGGAUUAUACGCCAAAUUAAAGGUGCAAUUGUUAAAAGCUGAAUUAAAUAUAAAGGAAGAUAACAAGUGGUGACUGGAUUUAUGCUGCGUCGUGUUGGAGGAGACGUUGAACACUGGUUGUGUCGUUGGAACGGUGGAAUGCAAUUCGGCUCCAUUUCAAUAUCGAGGAAAACGUUCAAAACGCACUCGUUGACUGAGCCCCAUAUAAUGCAGUUCAAUUUCAUUGAUAUUUACCAGAUCAGAAGUCGCCACUUGCUCCGUCAUGUUAUCGAUCUCGUAAAGCAGACGAUUCAUACCGGGAACUCGUGUAAUCUGUCUACUUCUACCAGUAAGUGGUCUACGUCAUCAAAUUGACUAUUCUGUCACGUCAUCGCCUAUGUAUGUUGUUUUUUUUAAAUUAAUUUGCAUUUUAUUCAUAUCUUUAGUUGUGCUAAUUUUUGAUAGCAAUGAAAAACAAAUGCAUUUCGUUAUAUAUAAAAUGCCUGUGUGGAAAAUCCCGUUCUAUAAAUAGCGCUAAAAUUAGAACGGGGAAGACGCAUUCCAGAGAAAAGUAGUCCCGCGUGCUUAGUGCAGAUGAACUCCGAACGAAAUUUUGACAGAGAAAUCAAACGAAUUUUUCAACCAAUCAGCAUCGUUUAUAAGUCAUCACUUUAAAAGUUAUUAAAUGAUAUCUGUAUAAUGUUUCAAUGUAUAAUUUAUAGAUAAAUUCUCAUUGCUAAUGACAUCUUUUUAUAUAAGUUUUCAAUGUACAGUUUAUAUAUUAUAGAUAAAUACAGUCUUACAUUA